CUCUUUCUCUCCUUUUCUUCAGUAUCAAGUAAACAGAACAAAAAAACAACAAAAACUUCUUCAACAUAUAUACCAGAGAGAUGACUAAUGAUUCAACCAUAAAGCUUUUCGGGAGAACAAUUUUUCAAACACGCAACACCGACGAUUAUUCCUCGGAGUUUUCUCCUCCUCUUGGUCAUGAAGAUUUCUCUGAUCAUAGUCUUCAUUCAUCUUUAUCUUCAUCUUCAUCUUCUCCAAACGAACAUGAUUCAAAGAGAUAUAAGGAAUCAUCAAGGAAAGAACCCACCUCAGUACUUGAUUAUGAAGAAGCCUCAAAACAAACCACAGAGGAUUUAAACACUCCCACCACAUCAGAAACAAAAACUUCUCAACUGAAUUCAACUAAAGUUGAUGAACAAAGUGAUAUUUCCCAGGACAAAGCUCCAAACAAAUUUCUUCCAUGUCCAAGAUGCAAAAGCGUAGACACAAAAUUUUGUUACUACAAUAAUUACAACGCCAACCAGCCCCGACACUUCUGCAAAAACUGUCAGAGAUAUUGGACUGCCGGAGGAACCACUAGAAGUAUGCUUGUAGGUGCAGGUCGCCGCAAGAACAAAAUCUCUUCUUUUUCUUCCGAUGCCUCACAUAAUCGUCAAAUGAGUACUGUCUUGACCUUUGGAUCAGAUUCUCCUGUUAUGUCUUCAACUUCACUUGCCACGAAAAUGAAUGUUGGAUCAGAUGAUGAAAUAUCUGAUAAGAGUAAUCAGUGUUUUUUUCCACAACAGUUUCCAUGGAACCCAGCAAUGUGUUAUCCUGUGUCAUUCCAACCCAAUAUAGCUUACUAUGGUGGUUGUUUAGUCCCAUCAUGGAGCGUACAACCUAUCACAACUCAAUCUCGUGUUCCAAGUAAACCUACUUUAGGGAAACAUUCAAGAGAUGACUUAGAAAAUAACGAGAAAGAAAGUGAUAAUAAUAGUGUGUUGAUUCCCAAGACAUUGAGAAUUGAAGACCCUAAUGAAGCUGCAAAGGGUUCUAAUUGGUUAACACUAGGAAUCAAGAAUGGCGGAAGAUUUUUCAAUGGAUUUGCAUCUACGGGUGGUGAUAAGAAUCAUGUGGUUGAAGCAAACUCAUUAGCAUUGAAAGCCAAUCCUGCAGCUUUAUCAAGGUCUCUUGUGUUUCAUGAGAGGAUUUGAUUGGGAAUAUGUAGCACCGAUACCUCGGAUUGAAGGCGUGCUCGUACCGACGUGUGUCAGAGUCCUGUCGAUUCAACGUCCUGUCCGUGUCUGUGUCAACGGUAAAUUAUAGUGAGAAAGACUGAUCAGAUUUCAAAGUGUUUCUGAAAUAGAUCAUAGGCUAAUAUAGUUGAUUUCUGCUAAGCUUUUCUUCUCUUUCUAGAACCAGAUGACUUUGUUUAGUAAAUAUCUUUGUUGUACAUAUUCUGUAAAUGAGACACGAAUCACACGAUAAAUAACAAAGGAAAGGAGAUUUUUUGACUGAAA